UGACUUUCUAACAUGACAUUUUACUCUGUGCUGUGUGUUAAUAAACUGGCGAAGCAGUUGAAUCUGACCGCCCAUCUCAAGGUGAGUAAAGUUGAAUUUUGUUCUGUCGUGUCUGUUUCAAAGUUUUAGUUUUAACUCUUAAGAUACAAAUGUUUGUUGUCAAGUUUGUUGCAGUUUUAAUCUGCUGCGUUCUUCAUAUUGAGGACUAUUUUCAGUGGAUUAACACCCAAACAUCUCACAUUAUUUGUGAAGUCAAACGUUAAGUUCUGAAGUUUUUAGAUUUAACGAGGGUAAAGCAUUGGCAUUGAGUAAAUAGAGACGUCAGACUUUGAGUAAAGAAAGACUCGUCACUCAUUAGUCAUCACUGACCAGAAAUCUGUCAGAGAGCACACACCCAUCUCAGAUGUUAUUAGCCAAAACGAGAUGUUAUCAGCCAAUGUUAUCAGCCAAAAUGAGCGUUACAGUUGUUAUUGCUACCAUUCUUAUGCGUUAGACGGGGAAAACAGCUUCUACCUGUAAAACUUAAUGUUGUGAUUUGAAAAACACAACAACUUUAGAUUUAACUCCUUGUGUCUCAUUGGUGAAAGUCCAGAAUUUGUUUGUUUAUCAGUCAUUUUACCUGUUGACUAAUUACUGAUUUCAAACAUUUUCAGGCUGAGUUUAUGAGUUUCCUUUUCACACAAGACUCACCUGAAGUCUUCCCAGUUCAACCGCAGUCGUAUCAGUUGUCACGGAGAAGCUCCACUGGAGUAAAUGGGCUUUGACAGCAAUAAAUGUGUGUAAGCCACGUAAUCAUUAACCAGAAAAUAUAAAGAGUGACGCAUCCUGCUUAGGGAAACCAGAGGUCGAUGUCAAUUUAUUUCACCCUAAACGUUAACUUAUUUGUCAUAUAAGUUCCCAUACUCAAGUAUUGCCACAUCCAUAGUUAUUUUAACCCAAACCACAGUCGUUAAACCUAACUAAGUACUUUUGUUGCCUCAAACAAUUUUUGCCUGUAAAGACAGACUUUUAUUUUGAAAAUACUGUAUGUAUAAUAUGAAGGGAAUUUGACCUGUGAUGCUGGACAUUCAUAAGAAAAUGCACAAAAAAAGAGAAAUAUAGUAAGAUAUCAUAAGAACCUUUGUAUAUAUUGCUAAAGGGCACUUAAGUGGUGGUAAUGAAAAAGCAGUUCUUUCACGUUUUCUAGCCAGCUUUUUCAUGGUGGUUCAGGGAUUGCACCAGCAACGUACUCUAUGUCACAUCCAUGAAACAUGUAGGCUAUGACAGGAUUAGGCUGGUGCCUGUUUUAUCUUUUAAGCCACAUCAUAGUAGUGUGGCUCUGGCAAUGGCAAUCAGUUGUCAUUUCAGAUUGUUCUAGAAUAAAUCACUUGACAAAUAGUGGAUAGAUUGCCAGUAAAUUUGGAACAGACAUCCAUGUUCCCCUACAGAAUGCAAUAAUUAUCGAUCCCCAGAGUGUUGAUGCAGCGUCAUCAUCAGAUCAUAAUUUAAAUAAGUCCAACAUUUUUUUUUAAUACCCAAAUACCCGUAAAAUGAAUAGCUUUCCCAUCACCUUCUUCCAAUCUUAUAUUAUAUUCUAUAUAAAUUGUUGGGUUGGGUCUUAUAAUGGGAUUUGUUGAUAAAAAUAGAAACAGAAACUACCACCAGUCUUAUCUUUUAAGAUAACCGUCUCCUCAGGCAAUCAGUCGGCUUAAUUCUUGGCACCUGUGAAGCUCCAGCGGUAAAUUGGCUCAUUUCCGGCAGUUUAGUGCAGCUGUUAGGACCUGGCUGAUCACGUCUGUGGCCUUUCUUCAACAACACUGUGGGGAAUAGAAAUUGUACAUGCUCUUGGUGACAUAAAACCAUUGAGUGAUAAACUCUGGGUUUUAUUGAGAGUGAGCAGAAGUUAAGGCCAAGGCUCCAGUGGUUUGUCUACUGAAGUCACCUGAUCCCCGCUGAUGUUUUCCCUUCUUACAUCUUUUUCAAGCUAUUUAAUGUUGCUCAGUGCCAUUUACCUCAGUCCUUUACUACUUCUAUUCAUGUUGUGACUUCAGUCAUUUAAAAAGGUCAUGUUAAACCCUCAAAUGGUAAACCAGCUUUCCAACUUUCCUUGAUAUUCUUGCAGUUCUUGGAGUAUUGCAAUGCAGCCUUUAACCACACAUGCUUUGGAGCUUCCUUGGUCACAUUCAGUACGUUGUUGUCUCUAGAGAGCCACACUGCGGCUAUCUUGGAGUGAAACCAUUUUGACCCGUGAAUUAUUUUCUUGAGUUUGAAAGCAACCGCAUGUUUGUUUGGUUUGUAGUCUGACAAAGUUUGAUAUUAUAAGUUAGUCAUGAAAAAUGCAGGCCCGUGGCUCCACUUGUUCUGGUAUCAGUCAUUGAUUACGCAUUAUGUUACACAGCACGAAGCACAGGACAAUAGUAUGUAGGUGGAGUCAACUCACACACAGCACACUUCGUUCUGUGCUCAGCAUUGUUUCCUUUUGGAGGUCUUUCUGGAUACAAUUUAGAUUUUUGUGAAUUCAAGACUUUUAAGUGUUUGCAAUGAGACAACCUUUUAUAUUUUGAGGCCAUAGCCCUGUAAUUGAGUAAAUACAUAACUCAUCAAGACCAUUUUUUUCUAUUUUUUAUCUGUGAAACUGCAUUCGUAAGUAGAUUUUAACAAAAUACUGUGAACAUUUGAAACAUUACGUUGAAAUAUAUAUAUAUAUAUAUAUAUAUCAAGAUUCCCCAUGUGUGCUGUGUCAUGCAGCUUUCUCAGAGUGGGUACUUUGACUCGUCAUAGGGACUCUGGUGAAACUAAUACAUUCAGGGUUCCCACUCAUUUCGUACCAGGACUUAUCAAGGACCUUUUCAGUGACUGAAAGCUGGUACGACUGACAGGGGGUCACGCCAUACACUAAUAUGUUCCUCUCUGUGGACGUCUGUUUCAUUGGUUUGACCCUUGCCUCCCAUUCAUUAUUAACCAACUCUCUCAACAUGACCCAACACCCAUUUGAAAGCAUUGCUCCAGACUAGGGUUGAAUCACAUACCUUAAACCUUUGCAGGCAAAGCAAGCUAGUAAGCACUUUAGCAAAGGUACCAAACAUUCUAACCAAUGUGACAUUAUUCAAACGUUUAAAACAAGUUGGGAAGAAAACAACCUCAUGUACUGUCAUUCUUCCUGUCUGUGCUACCAUGUGAUUUGACAAAAUAACCAACAAUAGCCUGUUGAAAAGAUUGUGGUUUGCUUACUAUGGAUAAAAAUACUUCCAAUAAAAACUGCUGACAUCCUAUCCUGCAGUUUAUCCAGACUAAUGGGAAGACUGUCUCUGUUUCAACAUCCAUGCAUUGAGCAGCAGAAAUGACUGUAACUGUACAUCAUCACAUGGGGGUGGCAGCAGAAAUCUCAGAGAUGGCCAUAUCAAAACCUGGGACAAAAAACAACAAACACCAACAACACCUGUAUCUGUACGGUUGAAUACCACCGGGUGUAAAUCACAUGAACAACCCAUGCACAUAAACAUGUGGAGCGCAGCUCGAGUUGUAGUGCAGCCGUGUUUGUGCGUAAUACAUAAACAUGGCGCAUCAUUGAACCACAGUAAGGAACAAGACUGCUGUCAUACAGAGGCAGUGGGCAAUGUCAAUGAAAGAGCUGUUUGCCACCGGCUAUCGGCUGCUGGGUAAAUAUCACACACGCUAAUGGAGCUCUGAGCUCACUCAGAUGACGCCAUCCAUGGCAUAAUAGAGAGAUAUCAUAGUUGAAUCAAUAAUAGAGCCAUUUAUUGAUUCUUUCAUAGCCUGGUUGUUAAUUUAGUGCAGGACUACCACCUCACAAUGGAGCUCAAGUUGCAGCAUGUGUUGCAUUGGGUUGCUAUGGACCACAUGGUCCCACAAUACAUUAUUAGAGUAUGACUGCCUGCAGAAAUCCCUUAGUCAUCCUGUGAGCUGUGAAUACAGUAAAGUAGGUACAAAUGUUAAAGUUAGAAGAGGAUUAUUGUCUUUUCUUUUAUUAGUCCAGACAUCACGAUCAGUUCAGUCAGGACCAUUACAUCAAAGAUAACUUAUUUUUCCAGUCAUACACAUUUGGCACUAUGGCGCUGGAUAGCAGCAGCAUAGACACAUUUGACUGUUAGUGCAUUUUACAACUUUGAGGACAUGCUGAUUUUCAAAGUGACUAAUUAAGAGGUUGAUUUACCUCAGAAUUAUUUUUAUUAUUUAUUAUUUUUAGACAAAUAAGCUUCAAACCUCUGCGCUCUUUCUGGGGGCUUAAGCAUAACACAUCCAACCCUCUGACCUAACUGUCGGCGGAUUUGUUGCAUUGUGGGUAAUGUAGGUGCCAGGAUUUGACAACGAAUCGGUAUGCAUGAAAAGAAAAGGUUUCCAUCUUGUUUUUUAAUAAAACUGUCAAUCUAGAGUCAACAUUUUGGGUUGAGAGGUUUAAGCUUGUUCUUUCACAACGUUUUAGUUUUUUCCGUCACUGAUUUCAUUAUAAAGGACGGGGAGUACCUUUCAAACAAUGAGACCUGCUGUCACACUGAAACAUUUGAAGUUGUUUUUCUCUUCCUUUUGACUUCUUUCCACACGAGUGACUCAACGAGAUUAAGUAUCAAUUUGCAUCCUUGUGUUGCAACACCAACUCAGCUGGGUGCAUUGAUGAACAAUGUCAUUGUUGCCAGGAAGUGUCAGUCUGUAGGUUUUAGACAUGACAGGAUUUCUGAGAGCUAUCUCUCGGAUGCAGAGAAAACAAAUAUUUUCCCUCUUCUCGUGCUCUUGGGUGAUUUCCCAGUUGUCUCCCCACCUCGUACUGUAUAAACCUGGCAGCAGGCCAACCUGCAUGUGAAAGAUGUUGACUGGGAAAAGGGCCACAUGUUUUGUGAGCAUGUGUAGGUUUUAUAGAUCGUAUGACCCAGAAAUCUUAAAACCCUAAAUGUGUGUUGACGCUGAUGUGAUUGCAACAUGCCCUUCCCUCUGAAGCUGGGGAAAAUAAUAACCAAGGUUGAAACAGAGGACAGCCUGCAGCUUUGCCAACAUGUAGUGCACAUUCCUUUAACAGAUAAGGCUGCAUACACCACAGAGAAGGAAACUGCGCACACACGAGUCAACUAGUAAAUCCUCUACAUCCAUUCCCGACAUAACUUCCUGCCGGAAAGGUUAAUAUCAAACUAGCUGGAGGCCACGCAUGCACAUUUCCGGAUCCAAACUCCAUUCCAGUUGGUAUUAUUAUGCAUUAUUGCACCAUAAUGUUUUCCCGGAGUUCAACAGCAUUUGGCUGUUUUUGUAUUCCUGUAUAGACAAAUUAAAUAAAUGUAGGUAAAAGGAUUUCCUUCCACAAUCCCUCUUGAAAAAACUUCUACUUUGUUGUUUUUGUCUUCUUCUUCUUCUUCUUUGUCUCGGCAAAAACGCCACCAACUGGAGCAUGCUCCGUCCGAUCGGUCACAAAUUCCGGGCUGCACAUUAAAAAGAAGUUGACAUUUGUGAGAGAGACAUUUUGUCUAAAAACAGUGGACCUAGAUCACAAAGACAAGAGACUGCAUCAACUUUCUGACAAUAUCACACAUGUAAUACUUAAUUAUCACCAGGGACUACUUCGACCCGUGUCUACUCACUAACUGGAAAAGAUUAGAGAUAAAAGUAACAUUUAAAAGUUGCCAUUACUGCCCUAAAAAAACAUUUUUUUAAAUAGUCUGGGACAAGAUUGUAUGGAUUCCCAAAGCUUUAUUAUUGCCGGAUAUUACAAAUUCAUUUCACAACAGUUUAUUUCAUGAGCUGAGUUUCACUCAGUCAAUAUUAUUGAUGUUCCUGGAAAUCUGUCAAUUUCCAGGAACAGCUGUCCACUGUUGGCCAGAUCAGAUAGCCGAGGAGCGUCUCUUGUUUCCUCAUUGGAGCAGCAUCGCGGCUGCUGUUUUUCUCACCCAGACAGUGUUUAUAUGUCAAAGAAGGAAGGCGAUGACCACACAAUAAACACAGGGUGAUAGUAAUUCAUUCUAAGCGUAUUAUUUUGUAUGUGCCAUCUUGUAUUCAUCCAGAGGAACCUGUUAACAAUGAGUCAUUCAUGUGAGUGUUGACCCACGAGGAACGAUUGGCUGCAUAUCAAAAGAACACCUGUUGGGAGAAGAAUAGAUUUAACAUCACAAUCCAUCCUGUUCCUUAUUACUCACGGGUCUAUAAUAAAUAUACACCUGAUGUGGGUUUUCAUGUGGUAACAGAAUACUGUACACAUCUUAUUAUGUUGUGAUUUAUUGCUCUGGAAAAGCUACACACAAUAUCUUCCUUAUUGCUCUGGAAAAGCUACACACAAUAUCUUCCACUCAGUUUAAUUGUAUCUUUGGCUUCUGCAAAGUCAUUUUAAUUCCGUUCCCAUCCCAUCGUGAAUCAAGCCAAAAUUAAAUCAUAUUUAUUGAUCCCCCACUCUGACAGCUUGGACAACCACCAGAAAAAAACAAAGAUGACCUCAAAUAAAUAAGGAAACAAUAUAAUUUGAUACUACCCACAUCCGCACAGACAUAAAUGUUUAUUCAAGCCACGUCACUCCUGGACUGGAUAAAACUAACACUGUUUGUUUAACGGGGGCUAUAAAGCUUGACGGCUCCUCCAUGUGAGGGCCAACACAGUAUGUGGCCUUGGACCAGCAAUAUAAAUAGACUUAGAAGAGCGGAUUUGAAGGAAUCUGCAUUAACAGCCUGAAGCAGGAAUCUAAUCUUGAGCGGGUAAGUACUGUGCAGUUUGUACUGCAACGAGUGCUGUUGUGUGAGGGGGGAGCAAUGAAAACCUCUAUUUUAUAUGGAUGAGUCUGUCUUUUCCACUGCAGAUGUGACGCCUGAGAGCACAUAAUGGCUGAAGGUAGAGUGAUGUGUGAAGUCUGUUGUCUGUUGUGGGUCUAGCAAGGUUCACAUACCCUGCAGAACGGACUAAACGUCUGUUUAUUGUGCAAUGGCACAUUUAUGAUUUAAUGGGAAAUGACAGAAAAUUGCUGAAAGAUCUUGUAGAUGAUCUUGUCACGUCACGCAUCUUUCAUAUUGAUGACUCUGCUGUCUCUCAAUGCUAUUUGUAGGCCUGCUUUUGGGGGUUUCUUUAAAAGUGUGAAUGUCCUCUAUUUUGUUUGAAAAAAUCCACGACUUUAGAUUGAGACACGACAAAGGCAAACAUGUGGCCUGCAACAGACUGCGAGGCUUGUUUUUGUCACGGCCUAUUGUCGGAUAUGCCUUUUGCUGCUGAAGCAGGUGUUGAUCACUUGCUGCCCCAAACUCACCCCACAAUACUGAGUCAACACAACCAAGAGAGGGCCUCGAGCACACAGUCAUGAUUAAGCAGAAACAAUAUUUGACUGAUGGUUUCCUGUAGUAUACAAGAUUAGCUGGACGGAUGAACACACGCACACACAACUAAAUGCAUGAUGCCCCCCCAUUGUGAAAUCAACUCGCAAUGGGAAAUUAGUCUAUCGCCUAAUUUUAGCGGGUUUUCCCAAAUAUAAACAAAAAUUAAGUUUGCAUAUAUAUAUAUACAUGCACACUUUCUUUGGAACAUGGUUAUGGUUCGGCAGAAGCACUCUGACCAGUAGCUAUUUACUUAUAUAUGUGUAAAUUGUUAUUGUGAAGAGGAGCAGUGUUGUGAUGAGUGGAGCUGAAUUACAGCUAAGGAGGAGCAAGAAAAGAGGAUGAAAGCACAGAGGGAGAAAAAGAAACACAUAAACAAGCAUAUAAAGGCACAGAGACGAGGAGGCAAUAAAAGAAAAGAAAAGUAAACUGACAGAAAUAAAGAACACAAGAAUAGAAAAGAGCACACAAAGGUAAAAGUAGUAUUCUGAGAAAUACUGGGAGAAAGGUGGAGACCCACACAAAGUAAAAGGGCCAGUACUGGUAUUUAGUGACAAGUAAACCCCUGCUUCCAAAAAAACUAUUUGGGCCGAUAUUCUGCAACUUUUUCUGUGGAGUAAAGAAUAUAAUGCCAACAUUUCAUCUCUCCUUGUCUUGUCUUUUACUAGUCUCUCUGAUGAUUUGGGAAUUGCUUCAUUUUAGUGCUCUCCUUCUUGGAGCACUCACAUCCCCAACUCCACCCUCCCCCCGCACCACCAACACUGACGGAGGACCGUGUCGCAUCGACAUCUUUGGCCGAGCAGCAGACUGUCUGGGAAGACAGCUCGACAGCAUCCCGUGGAGACAAUUUCCAUCCACACUGGAACACGUAGAUCUCUCCUCCAACAAACUUCAAGCUGUCCAUGCUGACGACUUCCUCCGGCUCCCUCAGCUUCGCAUCCUUAAGCUGCAGUACAAUAACAUUUCACACAUUGACAACGAUGCCUUUAAAAACAACGCACUACUGGAGCAUCUGGACAUCUUCAAUAACUCCCUGCAGGAAAUUCCUGCCACAGCUCUGACUCCUCUCUUGAAUCUGAAGGAGCUCUACAUGUCCAAUAACCUUUACAAACAUGCAACUUUAGCGGAAAGCUUCUCCAAAUUUGAUAAGCUCCAAGUUCUGUCUAUGGGUGGCCCUUUGGUGAUGGGGCUAAAGAAAUCUGAUUUUCAGCCCCUGAAAAACAUCAGGUUACAAGGUUUUGCAAUUAAAUGUUCCGCCAAUCUAAGCUACUACGAGCCUGGAAGUUUAGAAGUCAUCCAAACAAAGCAGAUGGGCUUUGAUAUGGCCAUAGAUCAACGGCCGAAUGCUCUCCCUCACAUGCUAUGUGACCUCGCCAACAAGACCUUCAGUGUCAUCCAAUUCCGCAACCUCUUUGAGUUCAUGUACUACUUGGAAGAGGAGGACAUUUUCCAGGGUUUAAAAUACAUCACAGCCCAGCAGCUCAUCUUCCACAGAGGUAAAUUCAAUGAGAAUCUCCUCAGGAUGGCUUUGACAAACUUACAAGUCACCCCGAUCAAAAGGCUGAGACUUCAGUACAUCGACUUUGCCCGUUCACCCACAUUUGUUGACAGCGGAGCCAGUUCCAGCAUCACAGGCCUGGCACUGGAUAAGUUGGAUCUUUGGUAUAUCAGCAAUCCAGAUGUGCUGCGAUUUGACUGGCGCUUCACCUGGUUCAACAAAAUCAAGGAACUGUCUAUGCAGCACGUGUACUUCAACUUUGUGCCUUGCGAUGCCUGGGUUGAGAUGGAGGGCGUGGAGUUUCUGGAUGUCUCCAACAAUCGACUGGAGAACGAGUUCAUCUUCAACCAGCGGUGUGAUUACAAGGGCACCAUGCCAAAUCUUCACACCUUCACAAUGAGCACCAAUGACCUGACCAGUUUGAAAGUCGUGUCAUUGCUAACGAGGGAGUUCCAGCAGCUGCAGGUGUUGGAUUUAAGCAACAACAAACUGGGAUCUGCCGACAACAGUCAGGACUGUGUUUGGCAAAAAAAUAUCACUCGGUUUAUCGCUCACCACAACCCGUUCGUAAGUGAAGCCCUCCAAUGUCUGCCCACUACAUUACACUACUUGGACCUGUCCUACUGCGAACUGGACCUGCUGGACAUUACGUACUUUGAGAAAGCCACCAACCUAAAAGAGCUCCUGCUGAGUGGGAAUAAAAUCAAGUUCAUCCCAUCCAUGUGGGAAAGUCCCUCACUGCAGUUCCUAGCUUUGGACGGGAAUUCGGUUGGUCUCAUAAGCAGGGCAUCCUUCCAGGACAUGCCUCAACUGUCUCACUUGAGGGCAGGGAACAAUCCUUACCACUGCACCUGUGAGCUCCACGCUUUCGUCCAGGACACAAUAUCCAGAGGAAAGGUUAACCUCACAGACUGGCCUUGGAACUACAGGUGUUACCACCCAGAGGCCUUGCGCAACACAGUCAUAUCCAAAUUCAUCCCGGGUCAAGUGGUGUGUGAUAUCAGACUAGUUAUCAUCAUCUGUGUCGCCACCACGGCGGCGGUGAUCUUGAUAUUGAUGCUGAUAUGCUAUAUGUUUGAUCUCCCGUGGUACACUAAAGCCACGUAUCAGAUCGUCAGGGCCAAGUACAGAGCUCACAAGGAAAAAGCGGCUGGGGAACGUGGGACUUUUACUUAUCAUGCCUUCAUAUCGUACAGCCACUCUGAUGCAGACUGGGUGAGGAACCAGCUCUUGCCUUGUUUGGAGAGCAAUGGGAACUCCUAUCGUCUGUGUAUCCAUGAGAGGGACUUCAUGCCAGGAAGGUGGAUCAUCGAUAACAUCAUUGACAACAUCGAAAGCAGUCGUAAGGUCAUAUUUGUUCUCUCCCAACACUUUGUUAACAGCGACUGGUGCAACUACGAGCUGUACUUCGCUCAGCAGAGAGCAGUGGGAAAGACCUUCGGCGACGUCAUACUAGUGUUGAAGGAGCCCAUGGAUCCCAGCUCCUUGCCCAGCAAGUACUGCAAGCUUAAGAAGAUGCUGAGCACCAAGACGUACCUGGAGUGGCCCCAGCAGGUCAGCCAGCAGGCGUUUUUCUGGGCACAGUUGAAAGGUGUCCUGGGCAAGCCAACACUGACCCGGAGGAGGGCGCACAGUGUUAAGAGCAGAACAUCAUCUGUGGGAAACGUUUCUGUGAUUUUGACACCCAUGGAAGAUGGGAACCCAGGAGUAGCUAAAUCUAAUGCAGAACCCAAGAAUGACAUUAUUAAAUGGAAUAACAAUGAGCUGUCGAAUCAGAGACAAAUCCCUGUGGCUGCAUUUUGACCAAAAGGUUAGAAAAAUAAAAAUGAUACAGUAUUGUCUCAGUAAAGGCCUGAACCCAGGUAGCCUUUUGUGUGCAAAAGCCAUCGUCUCAUUAUGAUGACAAUAACACGAUCCCCAGCCUGGUAUUCUGUCAUGUUAUCCCCGAGGGUUCGAGCUGGAUGCCCUCCGCUCCGCUCUCCCUCUGAGCGUCUCAGCGCCGGGUGGCCAGCUGACAGCCACUGAAAGGCCACAGAUGAGAUCUCCCAUGUCGCACUCAGGGUAACAAGCACUGGUGCCGGGAAGAUGUGGUGACAGGAGCCACAAUGUGAAAGGGCCGUGCUCUGUUACACUCUUGGCCCUCAGAGGCAUGAGCUCAUGAGCGCUCCAGGGCCAUGUCAAAGGCCACACAGGACAUAAAACACUUCACAAUGGGCCUCAUGCAAGGACGAACAGAUUCGUACUUCUGAGGGAUUUAGGAGAACUUGCCGCAUUCGCCAAUUUCCUCAUAUUUAAAAUUUACUUUUAGGUACGAACACAAAUUACGUCGUAGGAGUCAUGUGCAAUGGAGUUUGCAUGUUCUCCCCGUGUCAGCGUGGGUUCUCUCCGCGUUCUCCGGCUUCCUCCGACAGACCAAAGACAUGCAGCUUACGUUAAAUGAUGAAUCUAAUUGUGUUUGUCCUGCGAUAGUCUGGCGACCUGCGCAGGGUGUAACCUGCCUUCGCCCAAUGUCAGCUGGGAUCGGCUCCAGCCCCUGAACAAGAUAAGCGGUCAAAGAUAAUGGAUGGAUGAACGUAUGCUCAUUUAUACACAUGUUUACAUUGGUAAUAUAAACAGUUAUCUGAUAUUAUGAGCGUCUUGUAAAAUCUUUUGAGUUACACUCCAUGCUAGCUCUUGAGGAUGGGCAAUCCUUAGUGAUAGUUGGUCACUUGGCAAAACAUUCAUAGCGCUCCGGCACAUUGUAUAUCAGGUAUAAGAGUUUGCACUGAUGAUAUUUUGAAGUCUCUCUAUAGAUCCUUCGUGUUUCAAGUUGACUGCUCCCGUAUUUAACUAUUACAUUUAUUAUCACCAAUUUCAUUGCUGUCAAAUGUCUUUGUUUUACUUAGUGUAGUGUGAAUGAGUUGAGUAGAGCUCACACUUGAUGAUUAAUGUUUCUCCAAAGUUUUUCCAAAUUACUUAUUUCCUUUCACUUUCACAUGCAGUAUUGAGUCGGUGUUAUGUAACAAUUUAAAGAAAGCCACUUGUACAGGUUUACAUGUGAAGUCAUUUGUACAGUUAGCAAAUGGCCAGUAGAUGACACCAUUGAACUCAUUAUUUUCUGGUUGAAGCCCUGGAGAGAGAGAGA